AUGUCUUUUGCGGAUAUACUCCGGAAAGUAAAAGGAGCCCCAGAACUUAAAGCAGUUGGUGAUGAUGUUCACUCCAUUAGGAAAACACAGAAAGGUGAACUUCUACUUGAAUUCAAAAGAUCAACGGAAGCAACAAUGGUACAUCAAGCUAACAUCAAGAGUAUACUGUCCGAAGAAAUUGAGGUCAAAACACUGACAGAAGAAGUCACAUUGGAACUCAGAUACCUAAACGAGAUAACUACAAAGGAGGAAAUAAUUACAGCAUGGAAAGAACAAAUAGGAGCAAUACAACCAUCGGCAAUAAAAACAAUAAGAAGCGCCCCUGGAGGUACCAGGACGGCUAUAAUUGUAAUACCAAAGAUGCAGGCUGGUAAAGCUGAGGAGGUGGGCAAACUACGAGUUGGAUGGACAGUGUGCCGAUUACUCAAAAAAGUAACCCCUAGAAGAUGUUACAAAUGCUUCGAUUUUGGACAUGUUGCAAGGAACUGCCAAAGCACUAAAGACUGGUCUAAACACUGCUACAAAUGUGGUGAACAGGACCACCUCGCUAAAGCGUGUCAAGAGGCCCUCACUGUCUUCUCUGUAGAAAUGACCAAAAUAUUGACGCAAACCAUACUACGGGAGGACCGAAAUGCUCUCACUACCUGUCUGCCCGAAGGAGGAUACUAA